AUGGCUUUGGGAUGGAGAUUUGUCUUGUUAAUGUUAGCUUUGGAGUGCAGUACCACCCAUGGCCAAGGAGGUCGGGCACCUGCGAUUUUUGAUGUAACGAGUUAUGGUGCGGUUGCAGAUGGCAAGACUGAUAAUACCAUGGCCUUUUUAAGAGCUUGGAGUGGAGCAUGCAUGUGGAAAGGGAAGAGCAGGGUUGUGAUCCCAAAGGGAACAUACACGCUGGAUUCAGUGAUCUUCAGAGGCCCAUGCAACGGUCCGAUAGUGUUUAUCAUAAAAGGGAUAAUUAAGGCCUCCACUGAUCCUCGUAUGUUCUUUAUUGACCAUUGGAUUGGGUUUCAAUACAUCGAUGGGUUGGUGGUGAAAGGUGGUGGCACUUUGGAUGGCCAAGGUCCUUCUGGUUGGCCUUACAAUGAUUGCUACUCCAACCCUAACUGCAAGCCUCUUCCAGUAGUAAGUUUUUUCUAUGCCAUUCUUUGUAGUAGUUGA